UUCGUCUCGUCGGUUUUGACUUGACUCUGGUAGAGGAAGGUGUCCAUGAUGACAACUUUAAAUACCAGGAGAAUCUGGGGCUGCUGAUUCCCUUCUUCCCACAGCGAAGUGAAAUGUUUCCCGGCCGUCAUCGUGGCUCGUUUCGUCGUCUUUCGGGUCGUGUAAGCCGGCUAACGUCAUGCUAAAGCAGCUAGCAUGAACCGCCGCUUUUGUUUACAUCCAGACCCGAUGCGGGGCCUGGAGAGGUGUGUUAGCUAACCCAGCUACCGAGCCCAUCCGGGGACAGGGACAGCCUUCAGCCCGCACCUCCGGGACCUGGGUCGGCCAUCAGAACCGUUGACACCUUAGGGUGAUGGAAGUGUCCUCUCAGGAUCCAUCUCUAAUGGCCAUGGACCUGUCAAAGAGCUAUUCAGUGAAACCCAUCACCCGAAGCCACGCCGAAGCCAUGGACCUGGUGAAGAAACCCGAGUGGUACCACAGACGGCCGCAGAGCUGCAGCACAGAGCGCAGCAGGUCCAGAGCCGCCACCUCCUACAGCUCGCUGCCCACGCAUCCCGAAGCAGGGGCGUCCGUCCACUGCAGGGACAUGGAUCAGGGUCCGGAUGCGUACAUGAACUCAACGCUAGCUCCAGGACUGUACCGUGACACAGGGGUUCACGGCAACCUGUGGCAUCCGGGGUUCUACGGGCCCGACCAAAGCGGCGGUCCUGGUCCAGAAAGCAGUGGUGGCGAGGAGAGCGACAGCGACUCGGAUGUCAUUUUCCUGGUUUCCUCAGCUAAGGAGCCGCUCCUAUGCAGUCCGUUCAUCCAGGAGGGCGUGAGGCACAUCGUGGAGCCCCUGUCCCCCGCUGUGUCCUCACUGGAUGAGGGGAGAGGGUGUUAUCACCUACCUCAGCCCAUGAGCUCACCCAGUCCCGACAGCUCAUAUUCAGACGACUCCUCGGACAGCUCAGUGGACAUUCCUGUGCAUCAUACCCGACCCAUAGUCCUCCUUUCAGACCUAAGCUCGGUUUACGGCAACCCUGCUGAGUCUCCAGUAGAUAUUUCAAGUGACGACAGUGAUGUUAUUGAAGUUUCAGUCACCGAGAAAAAGAAGAAAAGGAGAGAAGCUUCUUCACAAAAUAAAAGCGAGAAAACUCCACGUAGAGGGGUGAGGCAUAGCACCCGAAUCCGGAAAUCUAUUUGUGAAAAGCCUCGUUUUACCUGUGGAAUAUCCCGGCACAACUUGAGGAGACAAGUUAAAUACGAUGCUGUGGGGAUUUAUAACGAAAGUUGCGAUUCUGAUGACAUGCUAGAGUACCUAGGGAGACUGUCCAGUUCAGACGCAGAGUCGGUCGCACAGCCAAAACUGUCGCAAAGACUGAGCAGUAAUUCAGAUGACUCGAACACAGAGAGACACAGGAAAUCUCCCUCCAAGUCACCACCGAGGGAGGAGCGGCCUCAGCGCAAAGCAUCAUACACAAAACGCAUCAAUUACAAACGGAAAAAGGCUCCCGCUGUUGGUAUGACAAAAAAACUGAGCAAAGAGGAAGACAACUGCAGAGUCACCACACGGCAGCAACAAAAACAGCAACAGCAACAACAACAGCAGCAACAACAACAGCAACAACAACAGCAACAAACGGUCUCAGACAGUAGGAAGGUGGCAACAAAGAAAAAGACAGUCACUAAACGGAAGAGAAAAAGGUGUGGCGUGAAGCAAAGCCAACCUUCGUCGUUGUUUCCCUUCACAGAACCUGAACUCAAGUUCAAAUAUGCAAAGAUCAAAGAUGAGAAAAAGGAAAAGAAAUCGGACCUUUUCUGCCCGUUUGUUCACAUGGAGCAGAGGAUGUGCACCGUCGUCAACUAUCAGGAGGAGGAGGCGACGAUGAGGAGCAACAGCAGGAGGGGACUGAACCAGACCGCCUCUAGGUCGGCAUCCGGGUUCGUCCCCACCACGUCCUGUUUCCAUCUGGGUCGGCUCAGCUCGGAUAGUGGGGGACUCACGGAGCUGCUGUGCUGCCUGUGUGGUCAAACCGCCAACGCCGUGGGCCUCGGAGAUCUGCACGGCCCGUACCGUCCUGCCGCCGGUCUAACUCUGGACCACCAGCAGGACGACGACGGCAGGACGACGCUCGAAGAGGAUCAACACGGACUCUGUAAUAGCCAUUCAGACGACAAAUGCUCUGCCGGGAAAAGUUUGUCUGAGAGCGACAACCACUCCCUCCCAAAGGUGCCUCUUAAUCUCGAUGAGUGCUGGAUCCAUGAGGACUGUGGCAUCUGGUCCACUGGUGUCUUCCUAGUCAGAGGAAAGCUGUACGGGUUAGCAGAGGCGGCUCGGCUUGCACAACAAACAAUAUGUUCGACAUGCCAACAAACGGGUGCAAUAAUGGGCUGCUUCCAGAAGGGCUGCCCCAGAAACUAUCACUACAGAUGUGCCAUUCAGUCAGGUUGUGUCUUAAAUGAAGACAACUUCUCAAUGAGAUGUCCGGACCACAAGAACAAACUGUGUGUAACCAGACAACACAAGAGAUGACGUACAGGACAUUUGGAGGCUCUGGAGACUGAUACUUGGACGUCCUCAGGAUGCGACGCCAUUGCCCCGACUUCACCUACGUUUUACACUAAUUAAGACCACAGUGUGUGUGCUCGAACCUUCUGGUAAGACCUCACUCGUCACGACUGAAACAUGGACCAGGGCCCACUGUAGGAUUUUUUAAGACGUAUCUUUGUUUUUGUUCUUUUGUUUGUGUCUGUUCUAACGCAGGCAGUCACACCAAUGGGACUGGCAAACCGAGCCAACAUGGUGUGUGUUUGUGUGUGAGUCUGUGUGUGUGUGGAUGGAAGAGCGUUUGGUAAUUUAUUCCUCUUCUGCAAGAGCCGGACUUGGAUUAGCCACGUCACAAAUGCAGUUUAUUAUUUGGACAUAAGAGCUGUACAAGAGGAGCUUUACGAUGUUGUUGUAUAGGAUGCGGUAUCUUUAUAUGCAGUAAGGUCACUUGUUUUCUUUCUACUGUUUUGUACUUUUCUAUUAAUGUUAGUGCUUCAGUCAUCACCAGUUUGUGUCUCAUGUUGGAGUCUCUGGAAAAUGAACACUUUGAGAUCAGCAGGGAACAUAAGAGCGAUUAGACGGUAUUUCCUUUGUCAUCACAGACUCGUUGACUUGUCUGGGUAAUUAAUGAUUUUUAUUAUAUAGAUUAAAUUAUUAGUAAAAGACAUAGGGCAAAAAACAACAGAAUAGAUGCAACAAGAUAAAAAUGUUGCAAAAGACAUAACAAAA